AUGCGCCGCGCUUCGAGCGACCACCUGUCCGAGAAGGCUUCAAACGAAAACGAAAAGGCUGAUGGGCACCACCACACGACAACAACAACGGCGCUGCCCUACGGAGGCGAAGACCUCGAGUUUGCAGAGGAAAUCUUCACGCCAGAGGACCUCGUUGCCGGUCGACCAUUCCCCGAGGAGUCGCUGCCCGAGGAAGAGGGCACCGGCCUUACGAUCCGUGCACUCCUCGUCGGCUCCGCGCUGGGCUGCGUCAUUGCUGCGUCCAACAUCUACCUCGGUCUCAAGACAGGCUUCACCUUUGCCGCGUCGCUCUUUGGCGCCAUCCUCGGUUUUGGAGCCAUCAAGGCCCUCUCGCGCGUGCUGCCGUAUGGCUGGGGCGGCGCACCCUUUGGUCCCAAGGAAAACGUCACGGUGCAGAGUGCCGCUACGGCUGCCGGAGGUCUCACUGGCAUGUUCGUCGCCGCUGUCCCCGCCAUGUACCGUCUCGGCCUGCUCAACAACCCGACCGACGACUUUGGUCGACUGUUUACCUUCUGUCUCGCCGGUGCCUUUUACGGCAACUUCUUUGCCAUUCCCCUGCGCAAGUUCUUCAUUCUCAAGCUCAAGCUCGUCUUCCCCACGCCCACUGCCACCGCCCUCACGAUCCGGGCGCUGCACACAAAGAGAGGCGCAGAGGCCGCUAAGAAGAAGACCAAGGCACUCAUCUACACGUUCAUCGUCUGUGUCAUCUUCAUGACUGCAAACCAGUACGUCCCGGGCAUCCUCUACGACCAGCACAUCUUCUACUGGAUCUGGAGCUGGGGAGGCAGGUCUGCCCUCGUCGUUGACAGCUGGGGAUGGUACACUGAGAUCACCCCCGCCUUCAUCGGUUCGGGCAUGCUCGCCGGUCUCAAUGCUUCGUGGUCGUUCAUGGGCGGCCUGUUCCUCGCUUGGGCCGUCAUUGGACCUUCGCUCGUCGCAACUGGCCAGGCGCACUGCACCAUCACCCAGGAGAUGUCGCCGACGAGCGCGUUUUCGUGCACGAGCAUGAAGUUCAAGUCCGAUCUCGUCAUGAAUUCACCCAGGUACUGGCUCCUCUGGCCGGGUGUGCUCAUCAUGUUUGGCUACUCGUUUGCCGAAGUAUUCAUGAACGGCAAGGCCAUCGCCCGCGGCUUCCAGGGCAUGUACUACGAGGUCGUCGACCGCGUCCGCGGCCGGCCUGUGCGCGAAGUCAGUGGCGAUGCCAUCGAGGACCCUGCGCCACCGGAGCAGCAGGUCCAGACCUGGGUCUGGGCCGUUGGUCUGGCCAUGUCUGUUGUCCUGACCGUUGUCGUCUGCUCGGUGCAGUUCGACAUGAACGUCGGAAAUGUCUUCCUGGCCCUCAUCCUCUCAUUCCUUCUCUCCGUCAUCGGUGUCAUGUCUUCGGGAACGACGGACGUGAACCCAUUGUCGGCCGUGGCAAAGGCAACGCAGCUCAUCGUCGGAGGCGCCGUCAAGGGACAGGGCAAGACGGGUAACCCGGCGCUUCUCGAGAACCUCUUGGCCGGUUCCAUUGCUUCCAACGCUGCAAGCCAGUCGGUCGACAUGGUCGGUGAUCUCAAGACGGGCCACUGGCUCAGAGCCAGCCCUCGGUCACAAUUCUGGGCUCAGACUUUUGGUUCCGUCUUUGCCACGCCCCUCGCCGUCGGUCUCUACGUCCUCUUUACCAAGGCCUACCCCUGCAUCAACUCGGGCGAAGAAAAGUGCACAUUCCUUGCCCCCUCGGUGGGCGCCUGGACGGCCGUCGCGCAGGCCGUCGUGUCCCCCACGUUGCCCAUCACGAAGGCUUGCGGUAUCACCGCCAUCAUGCUCACCGUCGCCGCCAUUGCGACCGUCAUUGCCAAGCACACCAUUGUCAAGCCCGAGUGGAGACCCUAUGUGCCCAACUGGAACGCGAUCGCCCUCGGCUUCAUUGUUCCUCAGCAAUACUACGGCAUCGCCAUGGUCUCGGGCGCCACAGCGGCGUACUACUGGCAGAAGCGGAGCCCCAAGAGCGCGGACCUAUACCUGUACGCUAUCGCAGCCGGCGGCAUCGCCGGAGAGGGCAUCGCUGGUGUCAUCUCGGCUGCGCUUGAGGUUGGUAAAGUCAGCGGCACCUACAAGGGAACCACCGUCGGUCUUCCACCAUUUUGA